AUGUUCCAACCAUUCCAAAGCAUCGCGUGCUUGGCGGACCAGCCCCAGAUCGUGAUCAAGCGACAUCGAAAGUCCACUCGGCGCAUGCCCAUAUCCAUAACCAGCAGCACCCUCAUGCGCAGGGGGCGCGAGCGAAUGCGAUUGAUGACCAUGGUAGUGAUGGUGCAUCGUCCCACCCGCCGUCCAGCUGCCGUACACACCCCACCUCCACCUGUGCCGACGCUCGGCGAGCGAGCAGAUGGUCGCCCGGGCCAGGGCACCCCACCACCAGCUGUACUGCGUGUGGCCGACGUCGCGCUAAAGCUCGUCCCAGCACCACUACUUCCCGCACCAUACGGAUGGUGUCCAUGCCCACCCCCACUCCCACUCCGUUCACACAACCGCUUCAACGUGCCUAUGAUCCCCACCUCUACCUCCCCGGGUUCGCCUUGGCCAGCACCAGCACACACGCCAGCGCGGGCCUGCGUACCGCCGCCGUCGACUCCGCGAGGUACGCUUGGAGGGCAGAGGAAGGGCAAGGCGAAGGCGGUCGAUAUUGAUGGUGAUGUCGAGAUGACGGAUGGACAGUCUCAGAGGAAGAAGAAUGGCUCGGUCGAUGGGCAAGCGAUCGGGCUCCUCCAACCCGGUAUUUCGUCUGCUCCAUCCAGAAGAUCAGCCUACAAGGACCCAAAACAUCACUCCUCCGAACUGCGACCACCGGACCCAGGACUACAACCCUCCAACGACUCAAAUGAUGGGCGGUCAACCUCUCUUGCGCCUGAUUUCGAUGUGGAGCCACCUCCAGCAACGGAAGAUCGCAUGCCGCCCAAGAUGCGGAAGAACUGGAUGCACCGGGAGGUCGAGGCGAUGAAGGGCAUGGGGUCGCCUGGUAGUGCUGAUAGCCCUGGCGAGGGUGGGCACGCGAACGGGUUCGGGAAUGACAAGGUGGAUGAACACAAACUUAUGCCGCCGCCACCUAUGCCCGCUUCUUUGGACCCAACGACGAUCUCCUCCACGGACGUUGCGGGUGUUCCGAGCCCACAACCUCGUUAUCUUACCUCAUCUCAAUGCAAAUUCAAACCAUUGACUACCAACACCCGCAUCUUUUCCUUCCAUACCCACCUUUACACCCACACCCACCUCUCUACCGCCUUCAACCUCUUCUCCGGCCCAAUUUUCGCCUUCUCCACUAACACCCAGCAGCAACAAGGUGGUGGCUCGCCCUCUUUUCCAUUUCCGCCUCUAUCGAGGAAGGUCGAGGAGGGCGAGAAGGAGGAGAUCUUCAAGCCGAAGAUCUGGGGUCCGCUGAAGGCUGGUUUGCCCACGUCGUCGUCAGCUCCUCCUCUCCGACCCUCUUCGCCUGUCUCUUCUGCGUUGAAGAUGUCAUCUUCUGCGAAGGAUGUCGUGCGUCAGCCUUCGCCGUCGACUUUGGCACAAACGCCACACCAUGAAGAGGAGGAGGAUGUGAAGAUGGUCGACGGAACGUCACCGCGAAGUCCAACGUCCACCAAGGUUCCUCUCCGACCAAAAUCACCCUCUCAGGACCCCGAUUCGGUGGCAUACCUAUGCCCGGCCUCGUCGUCAAAGCCCACGACUGUUUUCCCUGCCGAUGGCUCUGUUCUGCCUCUCAGUCUCAACCGAUUCCCUCUCGACGGAUGCUCUGUCGCCAACCGAGCCCAAGGCACAGCCCAGUGA